GUGUGGUGUUCUAGCAUGCUUUCAUGUCUUGGCUACAGAAGAGCUGGAAGAAUUACCGACGCCGCCUGCUUCCAUGGAUUGCAUUUAAUGUCGAAGGAAGCUCCACCAGGCAUGCACGGCACGGUGACACUCUCGUCGCUAACCAGGUGGCCGUAAAUUUCCUGUACCGCCUUUUCGACGAUUUUCACAGACGGCGCAACGUCGAAAAUGAUCGCUCUCUGCGCGACCUUGCCGGCUUCUCUGUUGCUAGGAGUCGCAGCGGGAUUGUGGGAGCCGGCAGGGGCGUGUUUGUCACGCGUGGAUACGUGCGGGAAGGCGCGAUUGCAGCGCUGUACCCGGGCACGGUGUACAGAGGAUCGGAUCCGUUGUUCUUUCAGUCCCUCCGGAACUCGUUCGUGCUGCGGUGCAUCGACGGUCAGUGCAUCGACGGCCGCGAUUCGGGACUCUCCCGGCUAAUCUACAGGUCCUGCUCCAACCGAGAUCGUGUUGGUCACUUCCGACUCAGCGACCUCUCCUGGCUGACGGAGCGGCCCGUGAAUCCUCUCGCGGUCGGACAGUAUGUGAACAACGAGCCUCGACCGCGCAUGGCCAACGUUGCCUACCAGGAGGUGGACAUCGCCGAUGGUGCGCUGCCGGUGCAGCUGAUGCAGUACGUGCCCAACGUACCUUUUAGCCAUUCAGGAGAGUGGAGCGCGGAUCCUAGGAGUCUUAGAGUAGUGGCGCUCGUGGCCACGAGAGAUGUAGAAUGUGGCGCGGAACUCUUCUCAAACUACUUUACUCUUUUGCACUGAUGUGUUGCUUGCAAACUGGUACAGCCAUUAUCACUAUUCUAAACUAGUCGAUGGAUAGAAUGGUUAAUAAGUUUGUAGAUUACUGUGUUAUGCGUGGUGGUUGAAUGUAUUAUAUGAAGUAAUGGCUACGUUGUUCUUAUUCAUGAUAAUUUAAUAAAAUGUACAAACAAAAUUGAA